AACACAGGAAAAUCCCGCCUCCAGCAAUGUCGGGUUGUUGAUGAUAGAUGCACAUAAAUAACAGUGAAACUCAGGUAAAAGCUAGAGAAGUGGAUUACCAUUCUAGUAUAAAGAGUGUAGAGUAGAGUGAACAAGAGGAGUUAGAGAAAUAGACGACCAAUCUAGCAUAAAGGGUGUGUAGAGUGAACAAGGGGAGUGAAGUUUGAUGUUUCCAGAUCAGCUGUCACUUCAACAACGAAACACCGCAAUCAGCAUAAUUAUUAUCACAUCAAUGAGAAAAUACAGCAUAAAACAACCGUAGAUACAACAUAUUAUUACACAAUUCAACCUAUAUGUAAUCUGUUAGCAUAAUGUCACAUAGAGGAAGAGAUACAAAAUCACAAGAGAAUGAAACUCCCACAACCAGUAAACAAACGGAAGUAAUUGUGCAUUCUCCAGAAGAAGUGGUUCCAUUAACACAAGAUGAAGAAUUACCCGAAGGUUCCAGUCCGUCGAGUACAAAUGUUGAUCUCGAAGGUCAGCAAUCAAAUGGAGAUCUGUCUCCAUUUUUGCGGUCCAUAUCAACAGAACCGGAAUUAUCCCACAUGAACAGAAAUAAACCGAGUUUUGAUGACACGUCCACACAUCUACGUUUUCUUCAUGAUGACGUUGAGAAGCUGUAUAAACCAGUAUUUGACAUUAGUUCUCUUACCAACCAGUCAGAAGCUGUUGUGGAUGAUUCGGGACGACGCUUUAGUGUGCCAUCAUUUGUAACGGAGAAAAAACAAUUCAGCGAGGAUGAUUUUAAUAUACAUCGAAAAGUAUCAUACCCACACAUACAUCAACCUCUUCGCUCGCUUUCCAGUCGGUCAAUGAAAAGUAUGCCACAGACACACAUCAAGAAAAAAAAGAAAAAGAAGAAGAAAAAGAAAAUUCGUAGUUUUCCAUCGAAAGGAGCCAUUCAAUCUCCGACUAUUCCAGAAGAGGAAGAUGAGGAGGACGGAGAGGAAGAUGGGGAGGAGGACUCAGAUGAAGAAAUGGAAGAUGUUGAGGAUGUUGAUGACACUGAUGCAGCUGAAGAUACUGACCUGUCUGCACCAGUGUCUAGAAAAGCGAGCGAAGUACAUGUUGGAUUUUAUAUCGGUGGCAGUGAGUUAACAACAGGCCCUGAUCAUCAAGACAGUGACAUUCCACCAGAAAUUAUCAUCUCCCAGUCCUCUACUGAUUUCUCAGAUUCCAGACCAAUGUUCACAUUUGAGGAUGAAACUGAACCUCAAUUAUCGGAAAGAGUUCCAAUGUUGGAUGUUCCAAUGACCAGCCAAAGUCGAAAAGUCAGUUCAGAGUCAACAUCAGGUCAUGUUAAAUUCUUACUUGGUGGUGAACCAAGUGAAAUAAAACUACAUAAAGAAGAUUCUGAUGGAGAGAUCUGGAAGAGAAGGGAUAAAGAAAAUGGUCAUGCAACAACAGAACCAAAUGGUUUUGCACCAACAGAACAAAAUGGUUAUGCACCUACAGAACAAAAUGAACCAUCAGUUUCCUUAAGUCGAACGAGUUCCGGAAAGAAACGUCACCACCAUCAUCAUCAACAUUUUAAAGAAAGAGAUUUAAUAUUAAGGCGCCAGAAAGGAAGUGAAGUUAAAUUAGAUGGAGAAUUAAAACGCUCGCCAACCGAGACAGAUGAAGCUGCAUUGCUUCAUAAAGCUGAUCUGGAUGAAAUGGCCAGUCACAGGUGGGAAGAUGUUCGUGGUAUUAGAAGACAUAAAAUUAAUCGUAGAAAUAAGAAUAAUUUUCAAUCUAUUGUCCAUAUUGGAAAAGCGCACAAAGAAAAAAAGAAACCCAAAAAAAAAUUUGAUCACAGCCCACAUGAUGUAUUUGUUGAGUUAGAUGAAUUAUUUGUUAAAGAUGAACAUGAAUGGGAAUGGAGAGAGAAGGCUCGUUGGAUCAAGUUUGAAGAAGAUGUUGAAGAAGGGGCAGAACGUUGGGGAAAACCUCACGUUGCCUCACUUUCUUUUCAUAGCUUGAUUGAAUUACGUAAAGGUUUAGAAAAUGGUACUGUGUUAUUAGAUUUAGAAGCAGAAAAUUUACAGACUAUUAUUCAUAAUGUAGUCGAAAAUCUUCUUAUUCGAGAUCUGAUAAGUGAGGAAAAUAAAGGAAAUAUCCUUCGCACUCUUCUUUUAAAACAUAAACAUGUGGGUGAUAAGCCAAUGUUCCUACGCCGUAAUAUAUCAUACAAUAAUCUUGUAGGGCUUGACGGUUCCUCCCGAAGACACCAAAGUGAAAAACAACAUGGUUCUCUCCUCCGUUCCUUCUCUAAUGCCAGUUUUGGUAGUACUUUAGGAUCAUCAGGAGGAGUUCAUCAUGGCAAAUCAAACAGUAAAGAUGAGGAUAGACAGCCAUUAAAAGAUAAAGCUAAUCUUGAAAUGGUGAAAGUUGAUGUUGACAAUAAUACAACACGAACAGAAUCUAUUCAUAUUGGUAUUACUCCGCAAGAUCCUGCUAAAAAGAAUGUACAAGACAUCAUGAAGAGAAUACCUGCUGGAUCUGAGGCCAGCACCGUACUCGUUGGUACUGUUGACUUUCUCCAGAAACCAGUCAUGGCAUUUGUCAGAUUAUCAGAAGGUCGUUGUUUGGAGAAUUUGACGGAAGUUCCAUUACCUGUUCGUUUUGUGUUUAUUUUACUGGGACCAGAGAAGAGUGGAAUGGAUUAUCAUGAAGUUGGUAGAUCAUUGUCAACAUUGAUGACCAAUCAGUUUUUCCAUGAUGUGGCCUACAGAGCUGAGAGUAGAGAGGAAUUGUUACAUGCUAUUAAUGGUUUCCUUGACGACUCCAUUGUGUUACCACCUGGUGAUUGGGACCAGAAAACUCUCUUACCUAUUAUGGACAUGGCAAGGAAGAGAGCACACAUCAGACGACGCAAAAAACAGAAACUAGAGGAGCAGGAAGAAUUAAUAGAAAAGGAGAAAAAAUCACUUUUCAAGAACAUCCGUUGA